AUGAAUCAAGGUUCGGGUCAUUAUGGCCUCCUGCAGGAGGAAUCCCGCCUCCUCCGGGCCUCCUCGCUCGGCCGCUCGGCCCUCGCGCCCGCUGACCCGCGCCUCUUCCUCCCGCAGGUGAUGCGGCUCCUGACGAAGGGCAACAAGGAGAGGACCUGCGAGCCCACGGCGGCCAACAAGACCUCCUCCCGCAGCCACGCCCUCCUGCAGGUGAACGUGCGUCAGUCGGAGAAGAAAGGCAACCACGAGGAGGUCAAGAACGCUCGCCUCUUCAUGGUUGACCUCGCGGGGUCCGAGCGCGCCAAGCAGACGCAGAACAAGGGCAAGCGGCUGCUGGAGGGCGCCCACAUCAACCGCUCGCUGCUCGCCCUCGGAAACUGCAUCAACGCCCUGGCCGAAGGGAGGGCCAAGUACGUCAACUACAGGGACUCCAAGCUCACCAGGCUGCUCAAGGACGCGCUCUCAGGGAACUGCCGCACGGUCAUGAUCGCGCACGUGUCGCCGUGCCACGUGCACCGCGAGGAGACGCGGAACACGCUCAUCUACGCCGACCGGGCCAAGAACAUUUCCAAGCAGGUGCGGCGCAACGUGCUGGACGUCUCGUACCACGUGUCGCAGUACCAGAACAUCAUCAGCGAGCUCCGGGAGGAGAUCGGGCGGCUGAAGGGCAAGCUGGAGGCCGGGCAGGACGAGGGCGCGGCCAACAACGGCGUCCCCCUCAGCCAGGAGGCCAAGGAGGAGCAGGAGAAGAACGCCGAGCGCCUCAAGAAGAUCAAGAACGACCUACUCGACCUCUUCAGGGAGCAGAUGUCCCUCCGGAACAAACUGAUGGACAUCGACAACAACAUCCUAGCCCUGUCGAUGGAGUUCGAGCGCCAGAACAUGGUCGUGACUGAGUGGGAGAGCGAGCGCGCGCGCCGCCUCAAAGGCCGCCACGAGCCCACCAAGGGGCCCAAUGGCGAGGAGAUCAUCGACAUGGACACGGACAAGGAAAAGGACGAAGACAGCGAUGACGACGAGCCUGAGGAGGUGACACAGGCCUGGGAAGACCUCAUGUAUCUACAGAAGGAGCAGCAGCGGUACACGGAGAUGAGGGAAAAGGUGGAACAGGAGAUGAACGAGGUGAAGAAGCGAGCCAAGGAGAUGGAGGAGCUGUUAACAAAGCGUAGGAGGUGCAGGAAACGGUUAAGGCGGUGCAGGAAGCUGCUCAGAAAGUGGAAGGAGGCUCUGCCGGAGACGAUCACGACGGACGAGCAACGGGAGCUGAUUUCGCUCCUGUGCAAGGUGCACGAGCUGGAGAUCCAGAAGGUGGAGAUGCAGAGCGAGGCGCUGCUGAAGGAGCACGAGCUGCGGCGCCGCGACCUCCUCAUCAUGCGCUACGACCGCCAGAGGAACCUGUGCGACGAGAUCAUCACCAGGCAGCGCCAGGUCAUCGAAGCCAUGAACGAAGGCGGGUCAGAACUGAGCACCGGAUGCCUCCGGAGCUUCAGGCUCUUACGCCCUCUACCAGAUGGAGACGCAGUACGCCAGCAACGAGCGCGACGUCAAGUACCUCAAUGAUUCAACAACCUGCUCAGGUGCCCCUCCACCUUGUCCUUGAGGGCCGCGUCCUUCGAGAAGCUUCCUCCGAUCUUCAACAACAACAACAACAAGGAGCCCGAGAAGCUGUUCGACCGGCCGGCGCGGCGCCACAGCCUGGGCGACGUGCGGC